ACUGCGAGUGCACUGUUUGUGCUUCAAGUCCCAGGCAAAGCCAGUGCGCCAAGGCUCUGUGUAACAAUAGGAAGCCAGCGAAGUUCCCCACAGAAGUUCCCUGUUCAGCGACAUUCCUCACUCCCCACCCAAGGUCGCCUCUUGAGCAAGCUGAGGUCAGGACAUUUUGGACAAGAUGGGAUGUAAUGGAGCAGCGAGCAGCUGAGUAGGGUGCUGUCCUGUAAGAGAAGUGGGUUCCCUUGGAGUUGAACCUGCAUGAUUUGGUCCACUUCCAGCAUCCGCAAGGCAGGCUACAGUGCUUAGGACAGGAGCUGAAGCUGAAGUUCCCUGGUUGUAAAUGACCCCCCGCAGAAUUAGCUGUAAUUCUCUGCUGGUCCCAGGGUAUGAGCAUAUAAGCAUUGCUCAGAAUCCCUCUCCUCCCCUAUCGUAGCUCCCAUCGGAUGGGACGAAAGGAGAGGCAGUUUCUUUCAGGGCCAGAAUGCUGCAGUGGCUUUCUGGAAAAAUGCAACUCUCUGAAGAUAUGCUAUGAAAAAAACGUUGCUCCUUCUUGCCUGACUGCAAGAGCUGUCUUCUGAUUUUAAUUUCCUUCUCUUGCAGGCUCCUCACAGUGGCCAUUCGCUGCUAGAUCCGUGGGACUGUAUCAUCUCUUCCCACUGGGAGCACUGGUUGCCGAUUGAGUAGCCAAAGAUGAGGACAGCAGAGGAUUCCUCUGGGACAGUCCUGCACCGGCUCAUCCAGGAGCAGCUGAGAUAUGGGAACCUUACGGAGAACCGCACGCUGCUGGCGAUUCAGCAGCAGGCCCUGCGUGGAGGAGGAAGCAGCAGCAGCCCUCGCUCUUCCCUGGAGAGCCUUACACAAGAAGAGAGCCAUAUGGUGCAGCAGUCUACCCGGCAGGAACCCCAGGGCCAGGAGCAUCACUCUGACCACAUCUACCUGGAGAACAACCUGUACCGGCUCUACCAGCCACAGCACAAAGGCGAGGAGCUGCCCACUUAUGAGGAGGCCAAGGCCCACUCCCAGUACUACGCCUCGCAGCGAGGGGGACAGCAGGCAGGGGUGGCCAGCUCAGGGGCUCACGCCGAGACAGGCCAGCGCAGAGCUUAUGCCGCCGACAGCAGCAGCAAGCGCCAGGACGAGUCCCUGAAGGAUCUGAAGCACGGUCACGUGAGGUCGCUGAGCGAACGCCUCAUGCAGAUGUCACUGGAGAGGAACGGAGCCAAGGCCCAGAACCACAUGAGUUCCUCCCACAGCUAUCCUCAGCUUUCGAGGCACUACCAGCUGUCUGCUCUGAGAGGCCAGCAUGCCGAGGGGAUGGAGCCACGGGGGCCCCCUCCAGAAUACCCCUACAUUCUGCCCUCCCAGGAGCCCUCGGUCAGCUACCUGGCAGGUCCCAGGCCUUGCUCCAGGGAUGGCCCAGGGUAUCAGCACCCUGAAGUCAGGGUGAUGCAGGCCCACCUGCCCCAGGCUUUCCUGCCACAGCAGGCUUCGCUGUGCCAUAAUCCACUGGGGUCUCUCACUCCAGCUGGGAUGGAGGCCUUGAUGACAGCCCAAGCUGCUUCUGCUAGUAGCCACUUGGCCCAGAUGGAGACUGUGCUGAGAGAGAAUGAGAAGCUGCUGAGAGAGAAUGAGAAGCUACGGAGGGAGCUUGAGAGCUACAGCGAGAAAGCGAGCCGCAUCCAGAAGCUGGAGACAGAGAUUCAGCGGAUCUCGGAGGACUAUGAGAACCUGAUGAAGGCUUCUUCCAAGCGAGAAGCAUUGGAGAAAACCAUGAGGAACAAGAAGGAUGGGGAGAUGCGUCGGCUUCAAGAUUUCAACCGGGAUCUGAAAGAACGAUUGGAAUCUGCAAACAAACAGCUGGCCAGCAAGAACCAGGAGAACCAAGAAGGCAACCAAGGGACUGUCGCAAAACUCCUGGCACAAAACUACGAGCACCAGCAGGAGAAGGAGAAGCUGGAGCGGGAGAUUUUGCUGCUGCGCAGCGCCAACGAGGACCAGCGCCGGCGGGCAGAGCUGCUGGAGCAAGCGCUGAGCAAUGCUCAGGCGCGGGCUGCCAAGACCGAGGAUGAGCUGAGGAAGAAGAGGGCAUACGUGGAGAAGGUGGAGAGGCUGCAGCAGGCCUUGGGCCAGCUCCAGGCUGCCUGUGAGAAGCGGGAGCAGCUGGAACUGCGUCUCCGCACCCGCCUGGAGCAGGAGCUGAAGAUGCUGCGGGCUCAGCAGAGGCAAGUGGGAGCCACAAGUGGAGGAUCCCCUGAGCUGAGUGCCCAGGUGCUCUCUGAGCAGGUGAGGGAGAAGGAGGAGAAGAUCCUAGCCCUGGAGGCAGACAUGACCAAGUGGGAGCAGAAGUACCUGGAGGAGUGCACCAUGAGGCAGUUUGCCAUGGAUGCUGCUGCCACUGCUGCUGCGCAGCGGGACACCACGAUCAUCAACCACUCCCCGCGCCACUCCCCUGACAACAGCUUCAAUGAGGAUCUCUUGUUGGCCAACCACAAGCACCAAGAGAUGGAGAACAGGUUAAAAGCCCUUCAUGCCCAAAUCCUGGAGAAGGAUGCGGUCAUCAAAGUCCUGCAGCAGCGCUCAAGAAAGGACCCUAGCAAGGCUCUGCAGGGUGCCCUGAGGCCAGCCAAAUCUGUGCCAUCCAUCUUUGCAGCCUCUGGAGCCCAGUGCUGGCAGGGCAAUACUCACAGCGAGCGGCUGAAUGAGGCUACUUCCAGAGGGAGUCCAGCAGGCAAGGCUCCCAUGGAAGAGAUGUCUACCCCGCCUCCCUGCGGCCCUCUCCCCUUUCACCCCAAGCACGGCAGCAAAGAUGGGAGCACGCAGACAGAUGGUGUGUCAGAGAGCAUCCUGGGCACUCAGGGCGAUGGGCCCGAACCCCAGCGCAACGGCAGCAACUGCGCAGCCAACUCGUUGGAGACCUUCACUGCUGCCAGAACCCUCGACCUGUCGGACAUGGUAGAAAUUUUGAUUUAAGGGAGGGCUGGUUCUGGCCACUAUCCUCUCUGCCCCUGCAGGCCAUGUUGGCCAUACCGGAGGAAAGCAUCUGCUGGUGCAAGUGCCCUUCAGUUACUGGGAGUCUUGGCUGGGACUUGUUCUCCCUUGAUGAUUUUGUGGUGAGUUCAUGGAUAGAGAAGGCUGGGGGAGGGUACGCAGGAGAGAUCACAGCAAGUCCAUGAGCUGAGGGCUGGGAGCAAAGCCGCAGCUGAUGUCCAUGUUCAUUUGUGCCUGCUGCUCACUUUCCAUCGUGGCAGAGCCGGAUCUCACCUGCCCCUUGGAAGGAAGAGCCUGCUAGAGUGCUGGGCAGUGCUACUGAAGCCUUUGGCUUGGGAAAGACUAUUCCAAGCUCCCCUUGCCCUUGGAAAUCCCCAGGAAAGGAGAAAAGAGAAGCUGAAAGUGAAGAGGUACAGAGCUCUCCUCUGCCUCUUGAGCUGUGGAUGGCAGAGGAGAAUGGCAUGCCAUGGAUGGCUAGAAACUGGUACUGGAAGGACUGGUUUUGUUGGACAUGCUGGUGGCACCUGCUCCACACUUUGAAGCUACCAGGAAUAAGGAGCAUUUGAAUUCUGCUGGUGUGGAUGGAAUUCCUGCUCCUCAUCUCAUCCCCCGCUCUGCCCUACGCUUCUCUUGAAGAGGACUGGAAAUUGCUGUGGGUGAGGGGGAUGUGAGAGUUAGCAUCCGAGAGGCAUUUGGCAUUUUCCUAAGGAGGUUGCUCAGUAGCUGGGGGGAGAUGGGGAGGCAGCGCAGGGUACGUGUCAUUGGGAAGUGUGUGAGGAAGGGGAAGUUCUCUGUAAAUAACUCCUUGUCUUGUACAACAGAAGCAAGCCCUGUAUCUAUCAUUUCAGUUCCCUUACUCCAUCUCUCCCCUUCUCUUUUGCUUCUCCCUCAUCUGCCUUCCAUCCAGGUCUCCAGUACUGUGCUGUUCCUUUUCCUCCAUUUCAUAUCCUGUUUGUCUCUGAAGCUGUGUAUCUGUCAUUGGAGUCCUUUGGCUAUUUCCUUUGGGGCGCUUUCCCAUGGUUCCUUCAACUGGAAUUUCCCCUCUGUUUGUUUGAAUACUCACCCUGAGCCAAAUGUCUCUGAGCAUGCGUGGAUGUUUUUUAGCUCAGGAGCCCGUCUUGUGGGCAGAGGG